UCCGCCGCCAUCGUGGUGACACGCCGUGCUGUGCAGUGCUGCUGAAGCUUAUUAAAGAAGAACAAUGGUUUCCUAUCGGACAAAGGUGUCUGUCUUUGGAUUAGAUGAAAAAUUACCUGUUUUUGGGUACAGCACUAAAAUGGGAAUGGAUCCGGCACAGGCCAGGAAAUGUUUUGCGCGAGCUGUCAACCGCGGCGUGCAUCUCCUCGACACUGCCUACUCUGACAUGUGUGAGCAGGAGCUGGGCAAGGUGCUUAACCUGUGCUGGAGGCGAGGAGACGCGAGGAACGAGUUUUUCAUCAUUACGAAGUUGCCCCUGAUCGCCAUGCGCUGGAACACCGUCAACAGGUUCCUCGACAUGUCCCUCAAGAAACUCGGCGUGGACUUCGUGGACGCUUUUCUUUUGGAAGCCCCAGUCGGUCUUCACUACAUCAGCGACACAGAGGUUUGCCCGGUUGACGAAAAGGGAAACUGUCUCCUAGACAUGACGACAGACCUGCUGGAAGUUUGGAAACACGUGGAGAUCUCGUACACCUCCGGACGCACAAGGCUGAUUGGAGUGUCUAACUUCAACAUGGAACAGGUGGACUGCCUUGUUAACAGGGCUCGCUUCCCGCCGUCCAUCGCUCAGUUCGAUAUUAACGCCUACAACAUGCGCUGUAUUGAAAGGGAGAAGCUGGAGGAUCUGGGCGUGGCAGUUAUGGCCGUCUAUGUGACAGGAAACCCCUUGCUUCAACCCAGCCUAAUAUUAGCUGAACACCAUCCUUCUGACCUGUGCCUAUACUGGUUAAGUUAA